AUGCCUUCCGCGGUCUCAACCGGUUCCAACAUUGUUGGCGGAAACUCGGCAGCUCGCCCCCGCUUGAGCAAGCCGCUCGUCUACUCCGGUUCUCUAGAUAAGUUCAAGAACGCAGACAUCACCCCUGUCAUUGGACGCGAGUAUGAGGGCCUGCAGGUCGUUGAUCUCCUCAAGGCCGACGACCAGGUCAUUAGAGACUUGGCUGUCACAAUUUCUCAGCGUGGCGUUGUCUUCUUGAGAGACCAGGAUGUCACGCCCACCCAGAUGAAGGAUUUCUGUCUCCGUCUCACAGAGCUUGCCGGAUGUCCCGAAUCAUCAGGUCUUCACACCCACCCCUUGACAGAGGAAGGCAGCGAGCUCGGUGACCAAAUCAGCGUCAUCAGCAGCGAGAAGCAGAAGAAGGGCGGUGGCCUCACCCACCAACUGAGCGAUGUCAGCCGUUUCGCCAGCGCCGGCUGGCACACCGACAUCUCUUUCGAGCAGGUCCCCUCGGACUACGCAAUGCUCAAGAUCCACACCCUUCCUGCCACCGGUGGUGACACUCUGUGGGCUUCUGGAUAUGAGAUCUACGACAGACUCUCCCCUCCCAUGCAGAAGUUCCUCGAAGGGCUGACGGCCACCCACGACGCCACAUUCUUCCACGAUGAGGCCCGCAGGCUGGGCAACCCCCUCCGAGAAGGCCUCCGCGGCUCGCCGCUGAACAAGGGCUCCGAGCUCAAGUCCAUCCACCCCGUAAUCCGUACUAACCCCGUAACGGGAUGGAAGUCCGUCUACGUGAACAAGGGCUUCACCAAGCGUAUCAACGGCGUCACAAAGGACGAGUCCGACGUCCUCCUCGCCUACCUCUUCAACCUCGUCACCCAGAACCACGACGCCCAGGUCCGCUUCAAGUGGCGCCAGAACGACCUCGCCAUUUGGGACAACAGGAGCAUGUGGCACUGCGCGACCUACGACUAUGUCGAGGCCAGAGCCGGCGACCGCGUGGCGUCGUUGGGCGAGGCGCCGUAUCUCGAUCUGAACAGCACGGGCAGGCGGGAGGCGUUGGGACUGUGA